CCAGUCUCACGAGCCAACUGCAGAUCUCUCUUCUCCAAACACCGCCUUUUCACACAAAAAAACUCACGUUCAUCAUUUCAACCAUCACGCGCAGAUUUUCAAGGCAAGCUAGUCAGACCGGAAGUGCGGGCAGUAUACUGUCAUCACGCAGAGGAAAGCAGUCAUCGCUGAGGUCAUCUCCUUCAAGGUGUACCUGAACGUUACCUGUGGUCUUUUAGCAAGAAGGCGAAUAGGAUGUCUGGAGAUUUGCCACUGAAUAUCAACAUUAAGGAACCACGAUGGGACCAGGGCACAUUUAUGGGCCGGGCUCAGCACUUCUUCAUGGUGACAGACCCCAGAAACGUGCUGCUGUCCAGUGAGGUUUUAGAAGAUGCCAGAGUUACUGUGGAGAACUACAGGUUGGGAGUCGUGAAGCCUGGGCUAACAGAAGAUCAACUAUGGAGGGCCAAAUACAUCUACGACUCCGCUUUCCACCCAGACACAGGAGAGAAAAUGCUGCUAAUUGGGCGCAUGUCUGCACAAGUGCCCAUGAACAUGACCAUUACGGGCUGCAUGCUCACCUUUUACAGGACAACCCCAGCAGUGGUGUUUUGGCAGUGGGUUAACCAGUCCUUCAACGCUAUUGUCAACUACACUAACCGCAGUGGAGAUGCGCCACUCACCAUGAAUCAGCUUGGUGCGGCCUACGUCAGUGCGACCACUGGAGCUGUAAUAACAGCCCUUGGCCUGAAAUCUCUGACCAAGCACUUGCCUGCUAUUAUGGGGCGUUUCGUUCCAUUUGCUGCUGUGGCAGCGGCAAACUGUAUCAACAUACCCUUCAUGAGACAAAGAGAGUUGAAGUUUGGUAUUCCUAUUACUGAUGCGGAGGGUAAACGUCUCGGAGAAUCAACUAAAGCUGCUCAGCAAGCCAUCGUACAGGUGGUGGUAUCUCGUAUUGGCAUGGCAGUGCCAGCCAUGGCUAUUCCUCCAGUUAUUAUGAAUGCCUUAGAGAAGAAAGCCUUCAUGAAGCGGUUCCCGGUUCUCAAUGCCCCUGUACAAGUUGGACUUGUUGGAUUAUGUCUGGUGUUUGCCACUCCACUGUGCUGUGCCCUGUUCCCACAAAAGAGUUCUAUGAAGGUGAGCAGCCUGGAGCCAGAGGUUCAAGAGAGGAUACGACAAAGCAAUCCUCACGCAACCACGGUUUAUUUCAACAAGGGUCUGUAGAGCAGUCUAGGUUACAGCCCAUUCUGAUGUCCUCCAUUGGGCACAACUUGAAGGGUAGAACUUUUUUCUUUUUGCUGUUCUGAGUUAUAUAUUUUUGUCAAUUUUACCCAUGCUAUUGCACAAUCCUAAAUGACUAUAUGUACAAUGAAAUCCAGAACUUGCUGCUGGAUUUAGUUAAAGAUGCUUGAAUGUUAACAGCUGCAUUGAUGUUUUACACCCCAUCAGUUGACAGCACACACAUGUAGAUUUAUUUACCAGUACAUUCAUUACUUUGAUUUAUUCUAGGUAAAUAUGGCUCAGAAUUUAAGUUUUCCAGUUUUGUGGUUCAAAUAUUUCUCACAUGCACGUUCUUACUGAAGACAGUUACAGAAAUAAGGGUUUUCAACUUCAUUCUGCCAGGAGUAUUUCCACCUUGCAUGCUCCAUUAUGUGCCCAUUAAGUGCACUUAUGCAGCAAAUGCAGUGUGCUUUACUCUCUAUACUGCAAAAGAAGCCCUAAGAAGUACUAACACUCCUUCAUGAGCACAUCAAAUGCUAAUUAUUAGGUGACUAUCUCUGAUUUCUGCAGGCCAUACUUCAUUAUUUCAGUUUAAGCCUUACAAGCCUGUGUGGUUUGAAGUCAUUGCAAAAGUCUCCGAGAUGUUUGGUUGUGUGGAUUGUAGUUUGUGUAUUAUUGAAGAAUUGUGAAUAGGUCAAAACAAUAUCUAUUUGAAUAUUUAAUACUUAUUAUUAUCAUUUGUGUGAUUGUAUAAAUAAUUCCCCCUAAUGGGACUGAAUGUGUCUGGGCUUAAAGACAGAAGCACUACAUAUAUACAAAACAUGCUCAUUCGGAGAAUGAAGAAAGAGUUGCUUCAUAUGCCCUGCUUUGAUCAUGUCGUCUCAGACAUUAACAGUUAUGGGAACAACAAUUAGAUUUAUUUAUUGUUGUCAUGGGGGAAUCUAUGAUGUGUUGUAUCAGUAUAUACAGGUAUAUAUAUAUAUAUAUAUAUAUAUGAUAAUGUCAGUCAUAGUGUCUGUAGUGUAUGAUAUAUAUCCUUUUGUAAGUUCUUUAAUAGUCUCCUGUAACCUGAGCAAAUAAGAUCAAACUUGUUUUCCCUGACAUAUUGUGGAAAUGUUACAGUGUGUAGUUUUUGGUUCCUGUUGUUUUUGUGGCUGAAGUUAACAAACCUUUACAGUGUUUCUUUGCCAUCAGGCUCACAACUCUAUGCUUUUUGGGAUGAAAAGGCUCAUUGAUUUGUUGUUAUUCUCAUCAUGUCCUCUGAGAGGCAAGAGAUCUGUUUGGUUUUGAUUUGAGCACUCCAUGUAGGCAAAUAUUGUUUAGCCUAAUAUCUAAGCACAUUAUAUGUUACGUAAGUAUGCUGUUAAUGCUUUCUCUUUUAUUUAAUGCACAAUUUCCUUGUUACUAUGAUGAUAGGAUUGAUAGAGAACUGUUGGAUAUGUUAUGCAAAUAAGACUCUUUGAUUGUGAUUUUUACAAAACUGUCUGAUUUCCUCAUGGAAUGUCCUGUUACACUAAAUCUUACAGACCAGAUCAACCAACAUGCUGUCAAGAUUCAUUCUUCCUAUAAUAAUGCACAGCGUACCCGCACAAAUUCAUUCGGACGUGUAAUGAUAAUCAACGUCACAUAAUAGACACAGAGUUACAAACUUAAACCAGGGUGUUGUUGUCUGUCUCAUUAGACAGGACUCAUAUCGUCCUCAAUCACUUUACUAGAAGUACACCAGAUUAUUCUUUCAGAUGUUUUAUGAUUGUAAAUUGCACUAGACCACUGACAAUGUUUAUUGGAGAUCUCAUGCAAAGGUGUUUUAUUGUGUACAAAUUUAAUCAUUUAGUGAACCUAAUGGAUGGAAAACCAUAAUGUUAUAAUUGUACACACACAAGAUGUUAAUGAACAUACAGUGGUCAUUAAUGUAUUUUCUAUUAACAGUUAUAACCUCAUUGUUGUCCAUCAAUAAGUUACAUGUGGCUCUUAAUAGAUUAAUAAUAAAGAUUGUCACACCAAAUAAAUUUGGCAUGUUACAAAAAUGAGACCUUACCAAAGAAAAUAAUUCUUUGUUUCACUGCACAGGCUUGAUGCUUAGAGCACAUAUUUAUUGACAGGUCUCCCAUAUUGUGGAAAGUGCAAACAAAUGCAAUCACAGUGAUGUGAUGUAUCUUGCGUAUAAAUGUCACACCAGAAACACCCACUUUAGCACAAUUAUUAUAGUUAUUAUUGGUGCUCAUUGUGUUUUGUUUUUCCGGCAUUUUAUAUUGUUUUGUUACAUCCUUGUGUGUAUUUUAUCUGGAACAAUGUAAUAAAAAUAUUAAACUAAC